GAGGCGCCAAAGGCCGCUCCGAAGGCACCGCAGGCGGCGCCGAAGAAGGACUCUGCACCAAAGGUGGCCGAGCCCACAGCCCAGGAGCCCAAAGCAACGACACCGCCAGCUGCCAAGGAAGAGAACUCUUCUCCGGCCGCGCCUUCCGAUGACCCAUUGCCCUUGGCGGUUGGAUCCGUCGUCCGCAUCUGCGGCCUCAAGUCGGCGCCCCAGCUGAACGGCACCCUCGCCGAGGUCCUUCGCAGCGGCGAUGUUCCCGAUCGCAUCAUUGUUCGGUGUCCAGGAGCCGGUGAGAAGGCUCUCCGGGUCUCGAACCUCCUUGCCUCGGCAACUGACGUGUUGCCCGCCUGGGCCGGGCCCGUCCUGGCAGUGCUCGCCGUCUCUAGCAUCCUCGCAGUGCUGGGCCUCUACCGAGACCCUGCCAGCUGCAUCUGCUCCACGGUAGUGCCUGGCCUAGCAGCGCUUGUUCUGCUGGUCACGGUGCUGGUCUGCCUCCUUCUGUACAGGCCGUGCUGGCCAGCGAACUGCUGGCUGCCCUCCGUCUCGGAGGUCGUGAACCGCUCGCCCUCGCGGACGAUGUUCCGUUCUGGCAUGCUUCUGGCUGCGCUUCUCCUGCUGCUCUCGAACUGGCUCUAUGGGCAGCUGGUUCUCGCGCAGAUCUUGGAUGGGCCAAUUCAGCUGCCCCCUUCCGCUCCGGACGACGGCGCAGUGUUGGAAGAUGAGGACUUAGCAGAGACCUCGUUAAAGGACAAAGUUCCGCCGGAGGUCGUGCAAUCGGCAGAGAGUGAAAGCCAAGUUGAGGAGGCCGUCAACGCUUCUGCGGAGAGCGGUGGAAAUGAGACGGAGAACUCCACGGUGGUGAAAAAGCCUCGGAUACCUUCGCCAUCGCUGCUCCGCAGCAGCCUCCUCUACGGCUACGUAGCGCCUGCGGCCCUGGCUGCCCAAGCCGUCUUCUUCUCUGGGCGAUGGCUGCCUACGAUUCUGCAUGUCAUCGCGGCCUUGGCAUUCGCCCUUGCGAGCUCUCAGCAUACGUCAGGGUCUGGCCUGCUCCUGACCAGCCCUCGCGGACGUCCCUACGCAGAUCUCAUGGGAGAGCUCCACGUGGUUGCCCAAGCUCGGCAGAUGAUGGCAGAUUUUGCACCCAUCAUAGCCAUGGGUGUGCCCGUGACGGCUCAAGUCUUCAACACCAGCAGGCUGGCGCAGCAACGUGGAUCUCUCACGGCCAUGGGCUUCCUGGAGACCUCGGGGAUCCUCCUGUCGCUGAGGGCUUUGCAGUGGGGCAUGAUCCUGACCUACGCACUCUUCGUUGGCAGCUAUGUCGUCGACUUCUGGGUACUCAGCCAGGCUGGCGUGCCUGGGGAGGAGGAGCUAGUCUGA